AUGGAGGAGACAAACCAGACAGCCAUGAUGGACUAUGUCCUGCUGGGGCUCCAUGGGCACCAUGACCUAGAAAUGGUCCUGUUUGUGCUUUGCCUGGGCAUCUACUGCAUGAAUCUGCUGGGGAACUCCCUCCUCAUGGUGCUGAUCAUGCUGGACCCCCACCUGCACAACCCCAUGUACUUCUUUCUCAGCUACCUCUCCCUCAUAGACAACUGUGGCACCUCCUCCUUCAUACCUCUCAUGCUCACCAACUUCCUACAAACCAGAAGUACCAUCUCCUUCCCAGCCUGUGCCCUGCAGAUAUUCUUGACCCUGGCUUUGGGCACUACAGAGUGCCUGCUCCUGGCUGCAAUGAUCUAUGACCGUUAUGUGGCUAUCUGCCACCCACUCAG